GUAUUAUCAAAAUCUAGACACGUUACAAUCAAACCUCUCCCUACCCGCCCGAAAAGACAAGAGUUACACUCCAAACCCUAUUUCUUGGAAACCUUAUCAAUGACAACGCCUCAAAAUUUCAAGAAAUCACAGAGAAGGUUGAAGCUGAAUUUGCAUCGUCAGGGAUUCAAUACGACGAAAUGUCCACAAACAAGACCCCAUACCAAGGAAAAAGACGAGUGUUUGGCGAAUUUACCUGUCACCAGUGCAGUCGUUCAUGGCAAAGCGGUAACUCCUGGGCCAACACGGGACAGAAGUGUCAAACAUGUGAUAUAAUGAUCUACCCCCAUCACCAGCGGCCCCUGGAGAGGAGUAGCAAAGACGACGAGGAUAAGAUUGACAAGUCCAAGCCACACCCCCAGUCCCUUUGCGAAAAGUGCCGUCAGCUUGGGCGACCUUGCACCAAUUAUUACCGGCGUUAAAAACAUUCCUAUGACGACAGUUAAUUUUAAUUGUGAUGAUAUGCUAAUCAUUGCUGUGUUUUUGUGUCUGAAUAAAUGGUUUUGUAUGUA